AUGUCAAAAACCAAAUUCAUCGAGAGUCCACCUAAGGCGGGUGUCAAAAUCAUCGGUUCCCAAUUAAUCCCAAAUUUGUCAACCCCACAACUUACUGAAUCGAGCAACGCUAGCCCGAACGCGGCAUAUAAUUUUUAUAGCAAUUUGGUGCGCUACCCACGAAAUAUGUCAAAGCAGCAAGAAGCAAUUGAAAUUAAUGACACCUGCAAUUCUGAAGUUGUGAUGAGUUUAAUUCUAGCACAAUUUUGUGCUACAGCGUCUCCGUGA